UUGUCUGCAGUUCUUUCGGAUCCUGGACGCAAGAGGAGUGAAGUUGCUACGUUUUUUAGCCGACAUUGGGGAGACUCAUUUGUUCCUCCUACUUCCAUACCUCCAUCACGUUUGAUCCCUCCUGUUACUGCGCAACAGUUCACUUCCUACAUAAAGAGCACGGGAAAGACUUAUAAGAAAUAUCAAACUGCUAAGAAAGCUUUGCUCCGCCAACAAAUUGCCAAUGACGAUAAAGCAGACGUCGAUGACCUGCCUUCAAUUUUUGUUGAUUCUUCCUUCAUUCUAUCACAUGGGCCAACUUUCUCCAAUAUUUUCACUUAUCCACAUCAAGAAGAUCGCGAUCCAUUAACUGUGACGACAAGUGGAAAAUUGGUCGUUCCGUUGGAAAAAAAUGAAGAGCAAAAAUGUGGUACAUUCCGGGAUUACGAACAACUUAAUACAAAGCUAGAAGCUAUGCAUGACGUUGUGGAUUCUCGCCUGGCCCUGAAACUUGUAUCGAAGUCUUCGGAAUUCUGGAAGAUGGUGCAUAGUUAUGGAGGACUCCAUGAAGACUUGACUAUGGCUAUGGCCGACAUACGAUCCGUCAGGAAUAACUUGAAAUCUGUAUCAGAACUUAUCUGUGAAAGAACUCGAAAAAUUAUGAAACUUUAUGAGAAAAGAGAACAAAAACAGAAAAUGCUUUCAAGGCUGCAGGAUAUAUCAUGUCUCCGACAAGCACAAGCGACGGUUCAAAUGAUGCUGAAUCAAUCAGACUAUCCAAAAGCAAUUGACUGCAUUGAAACUAGCUUGGAAGUUUUGGAAUCUGAGUUGCACGGGGUUCAAUGUUUCAGACAUUUGGCUUCUCAACUCCAUGAACUAUAUGGCGUUAUAGGGAAAAUGAUGCACGAGGAUUUUGCUCAAGUUAUUCAAAAAGAGUUGGCUGGUAAACCCGAAGAUGGUACUCAUAUCAUUUAUGAGGGAGAACUAUCGUCAAUCACCUUAGGGCUUAUGCAAGUACGGAAGUUUUCGUUCAUACAUGUUCUGAGUACUGAAAUAGCGGAAGCUGCGAAAGGAAUCAUGAGACAGGUUGUGAAACAAGUUGUUGUAGAAAGUGGCAUGGACUUAACGCAAUUCGACCCCUCCUUGAGUCAACUUGGAGAACCUGUGAGGAAAUUAGAAUACAGCAACUUUUUGAAAACUGUACAUGACGUAAUGAAUGCACUGUUCUAUUUCUGCGAACGGCUACAGGUUCUACAAGACACCAUGAUGGAAUUAUCUGAAAAAGUUUCAAGUGAUAAUUCUACUGAAACUGGACGUUCUGCUGGACAAAGUUAUGUAGGGGAAGCCAGUUCGCACAGUGAACAAGAGGAAGAUUCAAACAGUCGAAGCAAAAUAUCACAUAGUGGAACUGUAACUGAUCCUGCCGCUCUCAUAGCAGUUGAAAUACAUUCAAUAUUCCAUCUGAGACGAGUUGUUUCCUUAAUUGCUGAGUAUGGUUAUCAUUGUGCUCAACAAAGGAUUUGUCGGCUGCUGGAAGCUCGAAUGAAAGAUGUCAACAAUGAUUUCACAACCCCAGCACAGUUGGCGGAAAUAAUCGUAAAAGUACGAGAGUAUCAAAGCAAAUGUGCCAGUCGUGGUUGGCAGAAAGUUCAGAGCCUAUCUAAUAAUGUCUUGUCUCACUGUCUGGAUAAACUAUCAAUGGAGUAUAUUGAUAGGUUCCAUUCGCAAAGACGAACCAGGAUAGGCGAAGUGUUAGAUAUGGAGUUAUGGAGAGCAGCUGAAGUUCCCACAGUUUUCCAGGAAAUUGUCAACAACUGUUCCCGAACAAAUCAAUUAAGAAAUGUUGUUUCGCCGGAGAAAUCAGAUGUUUCUCCAUCAAUUCUAAUAGAAAAUGAGGAGUUUGUUGUUGUAGGAUCUGUCUUAAUGUUUAUUCGAAUCCUUGCCGAGUAUGUUGAAUGCGUGUCUGCCUUGCCGGUGUUUUCACCAGAUAUCUUGUCGAGAAUAGUGGAGUUAUUGAAAAGUUUUAAUAGUCGUUGUUGCCAAUUAAUAUUAGGAACGGGAGCGUUACAUUUAGUUGGUUUGAGAACUAUUUCAGUUCGUAACUUAGCUUUGACAUCGCGAUCACUUCAAUUUGUUCUGUACUUCGUACCAAUUGUUAUAUCAGAACUUGAUUCCAAUCUGAAAGAAGACCAAAAACACAGAUUGCGACAUUUCAAACAAGUUCAAACAGAUUAUAAUGACCAUAUUAAUGAAAUAUCAAGCAAGUUGGAAAGUGUCAUAGAUUUGCAUAUUUCAAGUUUUCUGAAUACGUGGGAAAUGAAGGGUGGCCUCCCUUCGUUGGCGUUUCAACAAAUUUGCAAAAGGCUACAGAAAUUCCACAGUGGAAUGUAUGGUGUUAUGCCUCCUGAACAGAUUAAGAAACUUUUCGAAUCUGUGCACCACUCUUUCAAAGGUCAUCUCAAAGAACACAUGGAAAGACUUGGAAUAACUCCGCAUCAUACAUCUGCUUACGGGUUUGUCUGUCAAGACUAUCAAUUCUAUUCCAACAGUAUACAUUCCAUGGAAUGUUGUAAGGAUAUAACUUUGGAACCUUUAAAUGAAAUCAUAUUCGGGCCUUAG